UUUCAGACUUGUAUUCUCUUCUUCCGCAAUGUCAAAGAAGUUCGACAAGCUUCUGGAAGCGGCUACCGACAGCACGAAUUUGGAACCCAAUUGGGAUGGCAUCAUAGCAUGCUUUGACUCAAUACGGUCCGGUGAAGUGCCUGCUAAGGCUGCUAUGCAAUCUAUACGGAAAAGAAUUCAGCACGACAAUCCUCAUGUGGCAAUGCAUGCCCUCCUUGUGCUCGAUGCAUGCGUGAAGAAUUGUGGUCACAAGAUUCACGCUGAGGUCGCUACCAGGGAGUUCAUGGAGGAGUUCAAAAAUCUCGGAAUAGGAAGCCAAUAUGAGGAUGUAAAGACCAAGGUGCUAGAGAUGCUGCAGUGCUGGGCGAUGGCAUUUGCUAACAAGCCAGAAUACAAAAUAGUGGUCGAUACACACAAUCUCAUGAAAUUGGCUGGCUUCGACUUCCCUUCCAUCAAGGAAGCUGAUGCGAUGUUCAGUGCGCAAGUAGCUCCUGAUUGGCACGAUGGAAACGAGUGUUUCCGAUGUCGCUCUGAAUUCUCGUUGUUUAAUCGAAAACACCACUGUCGUGCAUGUGGACAAAUCUUUUGCGAUCGAUGUAGCACUAAGGAACUCCCUUUGCCGCAAUUUGGUAUUGAAAAAGAGGUUCGCGUUUGCGAUGCAUGUUAUGAGAAAGCCACUUCAAAAACUAACGAAGGAAAAAUUGUCAAGAAUGAACCUGUCGCGACUACCUCCGCCAAUACAGACAUAUCUCAAGCAGAAAAGGAGAAGCUUCUAAAGGAGAAGGAAGAGGAGGACUUGGCAUUAGCUUUGGCUAUAAGUCAGAGUGAGGCAGAAGCUAAGGAACAAGAGCGGCAAAAGUCUCUCUAUGCAAUGUAUAAUGGUGAUGCUUCUGGCACUUCUGCCAUAAAUGAUGCCGCCUCGCUUUCAUCCUAUAAUCCAUCGGAAAUGGGAUACAAAGGAGCUGCUCCCAGCGUAGCUGAGUCUCCUUCGGACACUCUGGCCGCGGACGAUCCACUUGCUAGGUACCUGAAUCGCGAUUACUGGCAACAAAGAAAAGCCGGCGCUGCUACGAAGGUGGAGGAGUGGGCUGGGGCGUCCGCUUCCGCUCCCCUUCCGAGCGAGCCAUCGAUAACACCCAUAAACAAUGGAGUUGCGUCGGUUCAAGCUGAACUCAAUCAAAUGUCGCUGAGCAAAACGCCACCUGUAAAUGACGAUUUGAAAGCACAGACAGAGGGAACGAUGAAAUGGUGUCAGCAGUUGAAAGAACAGGUGACAGUAAUGGAAAACCGUAUUCGAUCGAAUAAUGCGAGGGGCCGUUCGGUGCUGAACGACACUGCAAUCCAGGGGCUCUUUUCUACUUUGACGGAGUUCCAUUCCCAAGUGUUAGGAGCCCUAACGAAAUUAGAAGAGGAGAGAACGUAUUACGAGUCACUGCAAGAUCAUUUGGGUCAUAUUGGUGAGGCUCGUCUAGCCAUUGAUGAGCUUCGCGCUGAGCAUGAGAGAAGGCGUCAGGAGCGUCUUGCUGAGGAACAGAGGAUGCGGCAAGCGCAAAUGAAGCAGACAUUGGAAAUGAUGCGCAUGAAGAAACAUGCUAUGCUUAUGGAACAGCGAAACAUGGCUCUGCAGCGUUUUCAACACCAGGAUAUGCAGUCACGAAAUCGGAAUCAGAUGCAACAACCAGCUCCAACUGGAUAUUAUCCGGGUUAUCCUCAGCAACCUGUCCCACCACAAGGCUAUCCUGGUUAUGUAAUGCCCGGUUAUCAAGGAUAUCCGCAACAGCAGUAUCCAGCACCUGUAUCUGCAUAUCAGCAGCAGUACCCUCCAAAUGCUGGUAUACCUGCGCCAGCACCGAGUCAGUGGCAGGACGCUGCUGUACCCCCUCAACAAGCUCAGUACUCAAAUCCUAUUGCUCAACCAGCUCCUCCGAACAAUGGUACAGCGCAGUCAUCUGCACAUAUUCCGCAGCAGCCUCAGGGUUACUACGCUCCUGUACAGCAAACGCAGAUGGCUCCUUAUCCGCAGCAGCAGCCUGCUAUGCCUCCUCCUCAGAAUGGAACACCAAUGGUUAUGGGAAGUGGUCACGAACAGUAUGCCUCUGCACAGCCGUCCUAUCAGCCGAACAAUAUAAAUGUUCAGAACACUGUGAACGGUACUGAAGCACCUGCUGCUCAGCAACAUGAGGCAGUCGAACAACCAUUAAUCUCUUUUGAUUAACGUAUUUUUUCACUUAGAUAUCUAUAUUUUCGAUGUUUUACGGUUUGAUUGGCCAUUUUUACAUCACGAAUCCUUUUAUUGCCGAUGAUACCAAAACGUUAUAAUCUAUGAACUUCUACUUAAUGUCUACCUAGAAUUUAAAAAUGUAAGAUGGAAUUUUUAUUUGAAAUAAUUGGAGGCCAAGCAACACCGUAGUUGAACCAUUUCCAUCCAUCAAGCAGACAUCUUGAUGGUAUUUCUGAUGUAUUUCACCUUAUGCAAUGUGAUUUGUGGGGAUUUCCUUGUUCACCCGGUGGUGGUGAGGUUUAUUUUCGACUCAUAUGAGACAGUCAUAACACUUUUAUUUUCAAAUUGGUGCGUACUAAUACAAACAUGAUGAGAAGCCUAUUGUUUCAGAAUUUACGCUUGCUUUUCAUUCUAUAGAAUCAAUAAACUAAUUAUCAUC